CACAAUUCCGGAAGGUUCCGGUGCCUCAUAGAUUCCAACAGUUACGAUCGCCGAACGAGAAUGUAUAUAACGCGUAGCAAGUCUACGCAGUUGGGUUGGGUUGAGCAUUUUCAUUCCCCAUUCUCAGAUCACCUUACCAAAUGGAAACGCCCUCCAGGUUCGGAUAUAUUGCUGCAGGUGCCUUCUCCGGGAUUGUACUCCAGGCAGCACUCCUCGGUGUAAUCACCAUUCAGACUUUUCUCUAUUUCGAAAGGUUUUCCAAAGACCAUUUCUUUCAGAGGACCGUCAUCGGAUUCUUAUGGCUCAUGCAGAUGUUUCAAGUGAUAGCUUCGCUUUACGUGUAUAUAUGGAUUAUCGAGCACUCUGGGAAGUUGACUAUAAGAUGGAUUGAUACUAUCUACCAGUUAUCCAUGGUUAUUUGUUCUGCCAUCGUCCAAUUUCUCUUCAUCCUACGACUCUAUCGACUCAGUGGAUCGAUCUGGCUACCAACAUUGAUUGUUUUCCUGACUCUGGGGCAGUUUGGGACCGGUGUUGUGCUCUUUGUCAAGGCAAAUUUUACUCACGGUCCCCAAAGCAUACUCUUUUCCAAACGCCCACUCACUGUAUCGUGGCUAACACUAGAGGCAGUGGCUGAUCUCGUGAUUGGCUUCGCUAUGUCAUAUUUCCUCCAGAAGCGCCGCACAGGAUUUCGGCGAAUGGACACAGUGUUACGGAAGCUAACAGCAUAUGCCAUCAGCACUGGCCUGCUGACUGGCAUUCUGGCGCUGGGUGCCAUGUUUUCUGUUGCGUUCCACAGCCCCCAAUUUAUCCCCAUGAUUUUCAUCUUUGUGCUCGGAGGCGUCUAUACUACAUCCCUCUUAGCAAAUUUACAUUCGCGCUCGAGACUCUGGAGUGAGCUUCGUUUCGAGGGAGACAACGGAAUAUCAAUACAUUUGUCCCGGCUUCCUUCCAGGCACGUAGAAGGGCAUCAUUCGAACGAAGGCACAGAUCAAGCUCAGUGAGCAGAUUCAGGACCUUGGCAUUGCGAGCCGAAAUUUAGGCACGGCGACCGAGUAAUCUGGAUCCAAAUCUCGGCGUGUCAGCAAACAGAACUAGUGCAUUCACUCGCUAGAUGGAGCAAUGUCCCUUGUGAUAGAUCAUGGACCUCAG